AUGACAGGUUCUCAGAAUUGCGAGGUUAUCUGCCGGGACAUGUCCCUUCGUCUCGAUCUCGACUCGACCGCCAUCGUGUGGGAAGAGGUAGCCGUAUAUCUUGAACCUCAGGCUAAUCGGAAGACGGAAAAGCUGGCAACGUUGUCUAGUGGGAUCCUGGCCGCUGCCAUCGGGCUUCUCGGCUUCCGGUUCGUAAAAUGGCAACGUCAAGCUAACGACUUUAGUUAG